AUGGUAGCAUUACGAGGAGCUGGUAAUGGCAGUGCGGUUAAAGCAGCACCAAUUGAAAAAUACCCACAGAUUCCAGUUGUGCUCCCUCAGCAAUGUGUACUGGAUCCAAGGAAUGAUUGCAGCAUUAUAACUCUUCCUCACCCAAGGACAUUUAGCCCGACCCAAUUCAUGAUCUAUGACAAUAGGCUGCUCGAGUUGACAGCUGUAUCCGGACCAAAUGAACAUUUAAAGACUACCCCAGUACCAGUACAAGCAUCACAUAGUGCAAGAUCACUUUUAUUUGGAGGCAGUAAUCAAAUCAUCUCUGAUUCAAAGAUCCUGGUAGCUACACCAAUUAAUCCACUGUUUUUAAUAUUACCUACACUAUUUUCGAAUAGGCAGAAAUUUCUGGCAGCCGAUUAUUUAGAGGAAUUUUCUGAGGUCGAAGGUUGUGAGCUUCUCUCCAGGGCUCUGUUCGAAGACCGAUUGUCAUUGAUAUGUGAUGUUCUCGAUGACGAUGAUGGCAAAGCAUAUCGCCUUUCAACCGAUAAACUGGUUUUGUUUUUAAACACGUUAACAAACAAAAUUAUUUCACAAGGUGGAAUUUCAUCAGAUUUAUAUAAAUUGUGCAUUACAGAUCCACUCACUGGUGUUGAUAUUAACGAGCAGGAUAAAUUACCUGCAGACUUGGUGGAACUCGCGAAGAAGAAGCUGGCUAUCAACAUGGUAUCGACUUAUCUAACGGAAGACGUCGUUAAAUUAUUUAUUGAGACAGCUGCAUAUGACUUUUCAACACUAGAUUUGCAUAUCAAAAAGUUAGCAGAAGAAAGGGCCAAGGCCACGGAAAUACAGAAGGGACUACUCAACGCAUCUUCAGCACCGUCUGGUAAACGUAAGAGAAGUACGUCCACUAUCGGACUUCCAGAACGGGCUGCCAAAAAGGUAACUAAAGGUGUACGAUCUCUUCAGAAAGCCGAUACUAGUAAAAACAGGUCACUAAAAGAUAUGUUUGCUAGAAAAUCAGCUUAG